ACUAGCUUGAACUACGAACGUAAAUUUCGUUCCCCAUUUCUUUGAACUAGUAGUAUCGAUUUCAGAACUUUGCGAUGGUAUGGUCAAGCGUGCCGUUUGCUCUGUUCCCGCUGGUGGAAGUUCCGGUAGACAAAAUCAACAACAUCCUCUCAGAAGCCUUCAAAGGAACCCAAGAUUCUCUUUACCCAUUCUGGCUCGCCUCUGACGACUACGCCGAUGCUCCGAGAAAGACACUGAGCGUCCCCACCGAAGGCCAGAAGCCCCCCAUUUCCUCAUCGUACAGAUCUCCCUUCAUUGGGAAGAAAGUUGAAGACGUGGCAGAGUGGCUUCAGAACAAGCCAAAAGAAGCCGAGCUCGAUCCCCAUUUUUUCGUUAUCUUAGACAGGACUGCGAUGAAGGGGGAUAUAGUGAUUUGUCGAAUAGGCGGCGUUGAUUUGGCGAACGUGGCGGAUCUGGACUUCUUGCGUGUGGAUGCGGAGAUGGGCGCUAUGAUGUUGUUUGCCGCGCAGCCGGGGAUGUGGGAAGAACUGAGAGAUGCUGAUGGAAGGGCGGAGAUUGAGUACUAAGCGUCCGCCCUCUGUUCAAAGGAUAUGUAUAGGCGAGGAAGUGGAGAGGUGCAGAGACGAGAAGAGCGUUGUAGGGAAACAG